UUGAGUCUGACCGGACAUUUUGAGCGUACUGAACUUCAAAUCAAAUGACAUCAUAAAAUUUUGAUCAGUGGCCAAACCAUUUUUGUGUUGACCACUAUUUCAAGUACAGGAAGAAAUCAAAUAAAACGUUUUUAUGUAUCUCAAAUAUUAGAUAUUCUUUUCGACAAAAAUGCAUAUUUUCUUUUUUUUAUACCUCCUAUUCCAUAGGUUCCAGUUCUGGGCCCCCGCCCUGGGCGAGAGUGUGUUCAAAAUGAAUUGCUGCUUUUUCUGCAUUCCUGCACUUGUCACAGCCACUUGUAAUCAUUAGUUCAAGAUAAUCAACAUGUCUUCCUCUUGUUUUCUAGUGAACCUACAGAAGCCCAAUAUUUCUCUCGGUGGAUUAUUUGACUUUGGUCCUCAGGGUUCAGUGAUCACCAGAGGUCACAACUUCACUAUUACUUGUUCAUCUGAAUCUCAGUAUUCUGGAGGCUUCUUCUCUCUGUUCAGUGGAUCAAACAUCACCAGGAAUGAACCAGCUGUCAAUCACUCAGCCGGCUUCAUCUUUCCUGAGGCAGAUUAUUCACAUGAGGGAAACUACAGUUGUGUUUAUAAAGUGAAUGUGUCCUCACGGAACUUCUAUUCAGAUGCGUCUGACCUGCUGAUCAUCUCUAUCAGGGUGAUCCUGCAGAAGCCCAAUAUUUCUCUCAGUGGAUUGUUUGACUUUGGUCAUCAGGGUUCAGUGGUCGCCAGAGGUCACAACUUCACUAUUACUUGUUCAUCUCAAUCUCAGUAUUCUGGAGGCUUCUUCUCUCUGUUCAGUGGAUCAAACAUCAUCAGUAGUGAAUCAGCUGUCAAUCACUCAGCCGUCUUCAUCUUUCCUGAGGCAGAUUAUUCACAUGAUGGAAACUACAGUUGUGUUUAUAAAGUGAAUGUGUCCUCACGGAACUUCUAUUCAGAUGCGUCUGACCUGCUGAUCAUCACUAUCAUAGGAGGUGAUGUUAGACUGGUCAAUGGUAAUAAUCGCUGCUCUGGUAGAGUUGAGGUCUUUUAUGAUGGCAGUUGGGGAACUGUGUGUGAUGACUCUUGGGACAUUAAUGAUGCUGCUGUGCUGUGCAGACAGCUGGGAUGUGGAAAAGCGGUUACUGCAGACAGUGGGGCACAUUUUGGCCAGGGGAUUGACCCAAUCUGGCUGGAUAAUGUUGCAUGUUCUGGAAAUGAGAGCAGCAUAAAACAGUGCAAACACAAUGGAUUAGGAUCUCAUAACUGUAAACACAGUGAUGAUGCUGGUGUUAUAUGUUCAGGUUAA